ACAGUUUCCGCAUCCGCAUCUCUACAUGAGGAGAGCAAGCAAGAGAGCAAGCAGAAGAUGCAGAAGCCUCCUCAGAAGAAGAAAGGUGGAGCACAACCUGGAAACCAACCUUGGAAUAACAAGAAUAAAACUCCCUCAACGAGGACCCAACAAGGACAAGGGCCACAAGGUGGAGCUCCCGGAGGAAAUAAGACCAGCAAAGAGGCUAAAUUGCUCCAGCGUGGGCUACAGCACAGGCUGAAUGAGGCCUGUCAAGAGAAAGAUGCAGAGAAGAUACGCGACUGUUAUCAGGCAUGGUUCACGUCAACUGAGGUGACUUCGCGACCAACCUGUCUGUUCGCCCAAACUAUGCAAGGCCUACUCAGUUGCGAGAUGACAUCUAGUACUUCCAAGCAAGGUGAAGUAACUGCAACCGAGAUAGAGGAGAUUUUCCUAGCUGGAACGAAGUAUGUAAACGUAACAGAGUCGUUGCUCUUUCUGAUCCUUCGUGCCUUCACGGCCUUUGCGCACCAGGACGAUGGUAAUCCUUUAAAGGACACCAAGAACACUUCACGAGAGGCAGAGGAAGCGAAGGCUGGCCUGGACAAAGCACUUGGCUAUUUUCGUCAAUAUGCUGCAGCACCGAGCAACAGUAUUAAUAAGCAGUCAACAUCUUCCAGAACAACGACGAUAGACAAAGUCAAAGACCAAAGCUCCAGAGGUGGAGCAGUGCAAUUGAAGUUGCGGACUUGCAUUCCGCUGUUGCAGGGCAUGGCGGCACUUGGGGACACGGUGGGUGCUGAGAGCUUUUUUCUGUCCGAAAUUGCGCCACGCUUUCUCUCCUGUGACGAUAUGAGUCGCAGUGACGCAACUGCGGCACUGGUGAUGGGUUCCGUAACGCGCAACAGCAGCAUUCAGAUCACCGACGACCAGCACAACUGGGAGCAAGUGUUUUUGUUGAGAUUGGAAGCUCUGCGAAAUCAUAGGACGAGAAGUAGAGCACCAGAAGGAGAUGCUCAACUUGAAACGAGCUGCAAUUAUAGUAACAAAGAGAAAG